AUGGAAAGUGACGGAGGUGGCUGGACGCUGGUCAGCAACCUGGUUCUAAAUCAGUCGAAAAGUAUGGAUUUGUUUCUGACAAAUGAUUAUAAACAAAUAAGUGAAUAUAAAAACCAAAAGCUCGCUCUUUCAACAUUUGCUCUCCGCGACCUCGCAUCAAACAUGCCGUUCAAUCAACUCAGAUUUUUCUGUCGCAAAAAGAUCCCGGGACGAAUAUUUCAUAUCGCCACUAAUAAAUCCAACAGUCUUGGUCAAGAAGUUGUUAAGUAUUUUACUGCUCAGACAAACACCCCUCCCAAGAGCUGUGGAUCUUAUUAUCGUUUACCUGAUGACAAUUCAACGAUGGCCAGUCAGUGUUCUCGGUGGGGUGUUGAAUCGGGAAUAUUCGAGGUUGGUAAAUGGAAUCACGAUGGCGUUCCGGUGAAAGAGCGUUUAAUUGAUCUUUCGGUGUUUAUUGUCCACAAGGCUCAUUGGUUCAAUAAGCAAUUAAGUGACCGCGAUUGGGAAUGCGAUGAUUUACGUGAGCCAAUAUCGCAAAAUGAUUUUUGGAAGAUAUUCGUUCGCUGAAAUGCUCGUCUGCUGAACAUAGGUGCAAUUUGUCUGCGCAUGCGCAUGUGUUCAUGGAAUAUGCGAUGUUUAAUGUGUGAUGGAAUAUGCU